AGCAUUCUUGUUGUGUUCCGUGAGACCCCACCACGUCUGCGAGAUAGGUCGUUCGAGGAAGAGCCCUUCGCCAGUUGGGCCGUUGUCUCGAGGAAAGGAGACCCGGAUCGGUUAGAUCGUCGCGUGCUCGUGAACGACGUAGAGUCAAGAGGACUCCUUGAUCCUUCCCUAACCACCAUUGCUAAGUAUCGACGACUACGGUUGGGCCCAGCGCGUAACACCUUGUAUAAUAACAAAAAAAUAACAAAAGUAAAUGUAUCUCCAUACCUGGCUCAGGGUCCAAUCCCCUGCCCUCCAACCAACUAA